UGCAGUUUGAUCUAACCAAUAUGGCAGCGCCCUGUCGAAAUUUUUCCCGUCAGCUGUACCAAGUUUUCCAUGUAAAAAGUAGCAAUGCAUCAUUGUUUGGAACAGCUUUACGACUUAAAAGGAUUUAUAGGUCGAUUUGUCAUAUUGAAUCUUCAUUGGAAAGGCAGUCUUACUGGUCUAACAUCAAGAACAGGCGACUGACUGCUUCAUGCCGGAAUUUCAGUACUCCAUCAUCUAGCAAUAAAUCAGAUGGAGAUCAACAAGGCAAGGGAAAUGAAGAGAAGCCAAAAGCAGGGAUCAUCAAAGUCAUAGCAUUAAAGAUGCAUCAUGGCACUAUCUGGUUUCUAAACAAGGUCUCUCCCAAGGCCCGUGUCUUCUAUGAACGAUUUGUAGAUGGUGCAACAGAUUUUGUUCAAGACUUCCGCUUCGUGUAUUCCCUGAACAAGAAACUGAAGAAUAAGGAAGUGAAACUGGAAGAUCUUCAAUGGAAAGAUCUCUACAAGAAGAUGCAGAUGAAACAGGAUGUUGCUAAGGUUCUCCCGGUGCUGGUUAUAGUCAACAUCCCCUUUGUGUACUAUGUCACUUUACCAGUUGUAUUAUAUUUCCAGAGGAUCUUUUUAUCAGACCACUUUAUAACCCAAGAAGAUGUAUCUAACAACCACCAGGAAAACCACAAGAAGAGACGUCAACUCUAUCCAUUAAUACUCAAGAGACUUGAUAAAAGACUAAAGAAGAAACCCACAUCUGAACUUUCUGAAUCUUUACAUCAGAGAAUAGCUGGAGAUCAGAUGGAGAAGCAACCUAUGAGUGCAUCUGAGCUUCUGUCUUUUCAGCCUCUGUUUAGUCAACAGACAUCUCUCAAAUCACUCUCAAGAAAUCAUUUGAAAUAUCUAUGCAAGCUUCAUUCCCAGUGGGUGUUCUUGGCAGCUAGCCCUUCCCUUAGGAAACGACUCUCAACUCAUGCAAGCCUUAUGAUAGCAAUGGAUCAGGCUAUACUCAAAGCUGGUAUACAUAGUAUUGAUGAGUAUGAUCUGAGGAAGCUUUGCUAUCAGAGAGGAUUGAACCCUGUAGGAUCAGACAGACAGAUGCUAACAGAAUGGCUGACAGAAUGGACUCAUAUAUCAACAAAUAUAUCAGAUGCAGAGCGGUCACUUCUUCUCCAUGCCAGUAUUCUCUUAGUAGAUGGACGUCCAAACCAAGGGGAUACCCAGCCAACAAGGAAGGGGUAAUGUCACCAACAUCACAGAAAGACCAGCACAAAGUAUGAUAACCAACUCUACCAUCUGUGAUCAAACAUAUCGUGGCACGCACCAUGAACCGUCCUCUCUGCACACUUCGAUGCGAAAGU